GUGAUUCAUCAAUCAUGAUAAUAAUUAUUAAUUUAGUAUUUACCAUUUAGCAAUAACUAAUGUAGUGGAAACUGGAAAGUCCCUACCAUUGCAAUAUUGCUAUGAAAACUGUAGAGAUGUUAGCAAAUAAUAAUUCAAUCAUAACUAGAUUAUUUGUGCAUUAAAACAGGAUUUACAAGACUUACAAGACUAGGUUUUUAUUAUUAAACUGUUUUUAUAAGAUCAUAUUGUACAAGUUAAAUCAUAGUGUGAAGUAAUUUGAUUAGUUUGAAUUUUAAGAAGUUUAUGAAUAUAUACAAGUAAAUUGCUAUCAGUCAGUAUGUCUGUAGAAAAGGAAGAAUGUGAACUAGAACAAAUAGUCAUACCAGAUGAAGAAUGCAGAUCACAGGAAAAUCUACAUACUCCACCCAUGACACCCAAACCACCACCCAGGACUCAUUCUCAAUCUGAUGGAAAAACUAAAACUAGUAGCUUAAGCAAUAAGUCAAUAUCUAUUGACAGCCAAAAAAAUGAUGGUCAGAGAUCUACUGCCAAAUUAUCUAGUACUUCAUCUUUACUACAAGACAAAGCACAACCUCAAAUUAUUAACUCGAUUGGCACUACUAGGUUAAUGUGUGUUAAUGAAAGAUUAGGACGUAGUUCAUUACACGAUUAUAAACCUCCUCGACCACCUCCUCCAAACUUUAACAAACUACAGAAUAAAAAAGUAUCCUCUGAACAAGCUAUGGAUAGAAGUUGCCUACAUCAUUGUUUUUUAUCAGAUGUGACAGACGUGAGACAAAUGGAACAAGCUUUGCAACAACUACUAGAAGAUUUUCAUUCUGGAAAAUUGCGUGCGUUUGGUAAAGACUGUAGUAUGGAACAAAUGACAGCUAUUCGUGAGCAACAAGAACAUCUAGCUUGGCUACAUUUUGAGCUCGGUGUUAGACAAGACGUUUCAACACCACUUAGUGAACAAGGCAUUACAAAAGGAUCAGAGAACAUGCACUCUUUAAUGGCCAGUUUGGAGCAACUUUCUUUAUCUAUUGAAAAACUACAUUCCUUUAGCAAUUCAACAUCUGAAUAAAACAUUCUAUUUAGUUGUUUUUUUGGUAGAGGGAAUUAUGACUUACGGCAUAGGAAAUAAGAAUAUUUUAAUGCUCAUCAAAUUAUUCCAUGAACAAUUAAACCAUUAAUAACUUAUGUCUGUGUAUAUAUGUAUUUGAUGUUUGUUAAAUAAGUUGUUAUAAAUAUAAACAAGUGAAUUUUA